UAUUAAAAUAUUUUGUUCAACAUUAAGUAUAUAAUUUGUUUAGUAAAAUAUGUUUAAAAAAAACAUUGCAAGGAUUGAAAAUGCUCCUAAAGGAAAUGAGGAUAUGGAAAACAAAAACCAAACGAAGAGUUGCUCUGUUCAAUCUUUUCGUAAUCAACUCAGUCCAAAAUCAACAAACUUUAUAAAAAUGCUUGAAGAUCAUCGUCAAAUGGAGCAGUCGGAACGAAAGCGGAAAAGAGAAGAGAUGAAAGCAAACGAGACUUCAGAGGAAAAACGAAAACGCCGGUUAAACGAAAAACAAUCAAAGGAACUACGCCGGAGGCAGCGUAUGGGAUGGGAUAUGGAAUAUCAACAGUACACUAACCAAGAUAAUCCCUUUGGUGAUCCAAAUUUAAUGUCCACUUUUGUUUGGAACAAAAAAUUAGAAAAGGAGGGACUUCAUAAUGCCUCUUUCGAAACUGUUGAAGUUCUUUCACGAAAUAAGCAACUUGAGAAUAAAAUAGAACUUGAAAAAGUAAAAAAGCGUCGAAAAGAACGUGAACUGGAGAAGCAAGCCCGUGAAGAGGAUAUUAUUCUACAGCAAAGAUCAAAAGAAGCAGCACAGUUUCAAGAGUGGGAGAGGCAGGAAGAUCAAUUUCACUUAGAGCAAGCAAAACUUCGUAGUAAAAUUCGUAUUGAAGAUGGGCGCGCAAAGCCAAUUGAUUUACUAGCGCAAUAUGUUUCCAAUAUUAGACUUGAGGAUGCUAUUGAAAUGCAAAUGCAUGAACCAUACGUAAUACUGAAUGGACUUAGUUUUAAGGAUUUAGAGGACCUUCUUGUUGACAUCAAAGUAUACGUUGAACUUGAAAAGGGAAAUAAUAAUGAUUUUUGGGACGAUAUGAUUACUAUUGUAGUUGAUGAACUGCAAAAAAUAAAAAAGCUGAUGGAGCGUAGUGAUGAAAAGUCUACAAGCGACAGACGCCGCGAGGGCAUACACCAUUGCGUUACUAAAAAUGUCGCAGAUAUAUUUCGUGGUAAAAGUACAUCUCAACUACUGGAGUUACGCAAUAGAAUUGAAAAUAAAAUUAAUCAGCGGGAUAACGGUGUUGAUAUUAGUUACUGGGAGAGUUUGUACUCUCAAUUAAAAGCUCAUAUGGCUAGGUCUCGACUACGUGACCGUCAUCAAGAAAAUCUGAAGAUAAAACUUGAGACACUUAAAAAAACAAACUCAUAUAGUGAAAAGGCAGAAUUAUCAACAACGAAAUUUAUGUUUAAUAACCAUGCAGGUAAUAGCACAUCUAGUCAUUGUACAUUUAGCUUUGAAAAUGAAAAUAGUGAUGUUAAUGAUAUAAAAAGCGAACAUGAUUCAUGUUUUCAUUUGUAUAGAAGUGGUAAUUAUACUCCAAAAUAUUUAUCAUUAUCUGAUCUCAAUGAUGAUGUGGUGUUACUUCAUGAACAUCAAAAUAAAGAACAUAUUCAAAAACUACGCAAUGUAUUAAUUCAAAAACGAAAUGAAGAAAAAAUAAUGACUGAUGAAGAAUUAAAAAUGGAAAUUGAAGCCCGAAAAGGAAUGUUAAGUGAUGAGGAGGAAUUUUCAGUGGAAGCUUCUUUGAACGCUUCAAUACAGUCAAAUUCUGACAAAUAUCGACCCCGUAAACCAAGAUAUUUCAACAGAGUGCAUACUGGAUUUGAGUGGAAUAAAUAUAAUCAAACACAUUAUGAUAUGGAUAAUCCUCCUCCAAAAAUUGUACAAGGUUAUAAGUUUAACAUAUUUUAUCCAGACUUGAUAAAUAAAGCAAUUACUCCACAAUACCAUUUGAAAACUUGCGAUGAUAAUUACGAUUUUACGAUACUACGAUUUCAUGCAGGACCGCCGUAUGAAGAUAUUGCAUUCAAAAUAGUAAAUCGUGAAUGGGAAUUUAGUUACAAACGUGGAUUUCGUUGUCAAUUUCACAACAAUAUAUUUCAGCUUUGGUUUCAUUUCAAAAGAUAUCGAUAUCGCAGAUAA